AUGCUCUUGGUACUGGCCAUUGUAGGUUUUUAAUCUCCAAUUUGAUUUGUUCUUUUUUUUUAUCACAAGUGUAUACAUUAGUUCCUACACAAGAAACGUGCACAUGAUGAAGCCAGCAAGGGGCAAGACUCCCAAAAAGAAGGCACCUUGCAAGCCCUCGUCACCCGACAGCCAGGAUCCCGUCGAAGUUUACUGUCGAAUCAGACCACUGUACAACCCCAACGACGUACCGGUCGUGCGGUUGAUCGACAACAAGGUCGUGCAACUUGAACCUUCGGAGGGCAAUGUGCAGUCGAGAAACGCUUCGAAACAGUACCAGUACACCUUCAAGUGCGUGUUUGACCCGACUGCCACGCAGCAGGAAGUGUUCGAGCAAAUUGGGCUCCCUCUGGUCUAUGAUCUCCUGCAUGGAAGGCCAGGCCUUCUCUUCACGUAUGGCAUCACAUCUUCGGGAAAGACCUACACCAUGACUGGAAAGCCUGAAGACGGUGGCAUGCUCCCGCGCUGCCUGGACGUGGUCUUCAACUCUAUCGGAGAGCUCCAAGCCCGGAAAUAUGUCUUCAAGCCGGACAGACUAAACGGCUUUGACACGCAGACCAUUCCUGAGGCACUGUUGGAGCAUCAGCAAGAAAUAAUGCCCCAGACACCUAAAACACCAAAGAUUAGGCGAAAGGACGACGGCAUUGUGGACUGGACCACGCGAGUCUACGAGACUGCCAAGGUGGACGACCUGGACCCCGACAUGGCGUACGCCGUGUUUGUCUCCUACAUCGAAAUCUACAACAACUAUGUGUACGACCUCCUCGAGGACAACCCCAUCGACCCCAUCAAGCCAAAGCAGCUGCAGUCCAAGAUGCUGCGUGAGGACUCGAAGCGCUGUGUGUACGCCUUCGGCGUGACGGAAGUGGAGGCCAAGACAGCCGACGAGGCCUUUGAAGCCUGGUGUCGAGGCCAGAAGCGCAAGCGCAUCGCCCACACCGCACUCAACGCCGAGUCGAGCCGAAGCCACAGCGUCUUCAACAUUCGCCUGGUCCAGGCACCCCUCGAUGCCGACGGCUGCGAAGUGCUCCAGGACAAGAAUGCAGUGAUCAUCAGUCAGCUGUCCCUGGUCGACCUUGCCGGAAGCGAGCGCACGGACAGAACCGGCAGCACUGGCUACAGGCUCCGGGAAGCAGGAAACAUCAACAGCUCGCUAAUGGUCCUGCGCACGUGUAUCGAGAUUUUGAGGGAGAAUCAGACCACUGGCUCGAACAAGAUGGUGCCGUACAGAGACACCAAGUUGACUCACCUCUUCAAGAACUUCUUCGACGGCGAAGGGAAAGUGCGGAUGAUUGUCUGUGUCAAUCCUCGCCCCGACGACUACGACGAGACAUUUCACGUGAUGAAGUUUGCCGAGAUGGCCCAGGAGGUGCUCAUCCCCCGCUCUGUUCCCAGCACCCCUACCGCCGCCCUCAACCUGCGUACUGGACGCAGAAGGAUCAACAUGGGCCGCACAGACAAGUUUGGAGGAAGCCUGAAGGACUUGGUCCCACAACAAGAACCUCCAACCCCAGAACCGGUGCUUCCAAACUUCAUGGUCAUGAGUUCGUCCGACGAGGAGGUGAUGACCAGGCUAAUGGAGCACCUGACUCGGAGGAUUGCAGUUGGCAACGAGAUGACCACCAACUUGGACCGCGCAAGAGACGACAUCAGAAGACAGCUGGUCCAAAUUGAGGCGGAGAACAGUGUUGUGAAGGAGGCAAACAGGGUCCUCAACAUGGACCUCAAGGCCAGGGAGCAGCAGGUGAUCCUGCUUGAGAAGAAGCUGUCCAACGCAGAGACCGCAGUCCAAGCCAUGAACCUCGAGAUCGAAGGCAUGGUCCGCCAGAAGAAGGUCCUGGAGAAUGCGCUCGAAGAGAAGAGGCUGCAGCUCAACAAGGGAGCCAUGGAAAAGGUGCAGAUGCGCAGCUGGAUGGAGGAACGCAUCGCCUUUGAGCGGGAGAAAAUGAAGCGUGCCAUGGACCAGCUGCUGGCAGAAAAGCAGGAAGAGCUGGAGGCCAAGAUGAGCGUGAACCACGAGAAGUUCCGCAUCCUCCGGGACAUGAUCAACUCGGCCGACUGGGAGGUGCUCACCCGGCCCUGGGGGGACGGGGCGCCGCUGGAAGGACGCGUGACCAGGACGCGCGCCAGGAACUCCGGUGGUGCCUCUGGCAUGGCCACAACCUCUUCAGAGCCGAAGCUUUACCCAGUGCUCCCGACUGAAAAUCUGAAAAGGGUUGGAACACCCAGCAUGCGUCGACGACGUUCCAAGUCGUAUGGUGGGGAGACGUGGGUGGACCACAAGCCUUCUGGGAGCGUACAGACUGGCACGGUGAUGCAACCGGUGAUGAAAAAGAGGAAGUCUGUGGGCAAGUUAGGAGUGAAGGACGUCACCAAAGGCGCCUCCAAGUACGCCCUCACACACCAGGAGCAGAACGUGCAGGGGGACGUGGAGACGCAGCUGUACAAGGGGGAUGUGAUCCCUUCUGUAGGCGGAGGUGCUCAGGUCGUCUUCAAUGAUGUCGAGACCCUCAAGCAGCUGUCGCCGACUUCGUCCCGGCUGAGGAAGCGGAGCAGCAGUCGUCAGGGGCCCGCUGAAGACGACGAUUUGGAUACUGUUGAAGCUCGCUGCUCUGUUUCAAUUGAAGGACACCCCCUGCCAUCCGUUAUUAAGAGGACACGGGUGUGAAGUCAUGGUCCUUGCCAACCACAGUGCUUUGAGAAGAAAUAUUUUUUUUAUCACUGUACGUACCGCACAACACUGUCACUGUCGGAAGCUACGUGGUUUACGACAACAGUGUACUUACUCAUUUAUUUUUAUUCCUCUAUUAAAGAGCCUUUUAAAAAAAAAA